AUGAUUGCCCAUCGCAUAAAAAACGAUUACCGAGCAUUACUAAAAGCUGGUUAUGCAGCUGUAAAACAUGAACGGAAAAACAAGAUACAGAUCCGUCAACGCAUUCGUAACCGCUUCGAGGAUUCAUCAUCUUCGCUGGCUGUCAAUGACCAGAAAAUACAAAACACAAUUGAAUUUUUAAAGUCGGCGGCAAAACGACGAGGGUUAGAGCAUGAUAUUGUGCGCAAUAUAUGCAAUCUGGAUCGAUAUCGCGCCGAAUACGACAUCAGGCCACCGAUGUAUAGUAAAAAGUUUUCAAAGGAGGUUCGGCAACUUCAUCAAAGCAGUUACGAAGAAUUGGAUUUGUUGAUAAAGAUGCUAAAUGACGACCUACAGAUCUGUCUAUGA